GGUGCGUUUUGCAGAGUUGAACAUUUAGCUCAGUCUAUUAUGGACAACGGACGAAAUCGGUCGUCGGUUCUUUGUUCCUAAACGGGAUAAAAGUACCAAUUUAUUGCCAUUUAGACACGAAUGUGUUCAAGUGUAGUGUAUGCUUUUUGGAGGAUGGGGCGCCAGCUUGCAGAAAGCUGGUAAGAAGGAUUAGGGAUGAUACAAUACUGACAAAGUAUCGAUAUAUCGAUAUCGAUAGUUACUCAAGUGAGCAGUAUUCUGAAAGUAUCGAAACCAUUACCUACUCACAAUUUUAUUGUGUGACUACGUGUCAUCGUCAUAAACACAUUAUUUUUAUACAUUUUCGAUUAGUUAUUCAAGACCGAAAUUCACAAUCGCAAUGAAUUUUAACUGUGAAAAAGCCAUUUGAAGAAGGGAUUGUAAUAAAAAUGGCAAGCUAUUUCUAUUGUGCGUCAUGGUAGCACCAGCUUUAGAAAAAGCAAUUCUUGUUAUCUAAAAGACACCCAUAUGGCUGUGGAAAUUUGGAAUUCCUAUUGGGACAAUCAAUGUCGAUAUCUUUAAAACAAUAUAACUUUAUCUAGCAUUUUUUAAAGACAUUUCCAAGAUCAUGUGAGAUAAAACGGUUUUGCAAACUUUUUCAAUUAAGAACAUCACUAUACUUAUUGUAUUGUUUAAGCGAUUGCAACUGCUAAAAUAAGCUUAUCUGUAAACCGGCAUGAUUGUCCGUAUCUAUACUUAUUUAUGGAUAUUUGCCGUUAUUUCCCGACACUUGAGAGCGCUUCUCUAAAAAUAACUGUUUCAAUUGAUGAUAACGCGUCAGUGAAACAUUGAUCGUUAUUGCCAGUCCUUGUUUGUUUGUUUGUUAGCAAUGUCUUCCACGCCCGCCUCAGUAAACUUAAAAAAACUCUCGUCAAAGUGCAAAAGUGGUUUAGAAAGUUUUCAAGUAUAUAUGAAACAGCGUCUUCAGCAAUUUCUACAAAAAAAGAGCAAAAACUGUCUGAUACUGGAGUGUUCAGAUACGCGACCAGUUAGUGUUUUAGUACUGGCAGCGGUGGAGGAAAACGGCGUUACUAAUAUUUUCCUAGACUGGCAGACAAUAAGCAAACUGAUUAUGGAUAGACAAUUGCAGUUUCCCUGCCCUGAUCAAUUGAUUGUAUGUGAAAUAACCGAUGUGGCUCAGUUCACAAAGGAAGAACGAAUUUUGAUGAAAUUAAUUGCAAUGUUAGUCGAAGAAGAAUCCCAGAAGUUUAUCUUUGUUGCUUCCCAAUGCGGCGUAUUGAAUAAAUGCAAGCAAAAAGUGAACAUCAUAGAGUCAUUCCCAGUCAGUGCUGAUAUAGGAAAACGCAAAGUGUUAUCCAAAACUGCUAAAUCGGUGCCCAAAAUAAAUGCCUUAGUAUAUAAAUUGGCCGUAUCAGGGCAAACCGAAACACUGUCUCUGUACUUGCAACAAGGGUUCAAUAUUAACCAAGCUGUUGGUCCGGAUGAGAAAAGACUAAUACAUGCAGCAGCAGAGUUCGGCCAUUCAAGCACCGUAGAGAUUUUAUCUGCAUAUAACGCAGACUUGGAAAAACGGGAUAGUAAAAAGGAAUGUCCAUUGCACUUUGCUGCCCGAAAGGGCGAAUUGAAUGUGAUUGAAUUUCUCCUGAGUAAAGACGUGAACGUUAACCGCAAAGGAAAACUAAACCGAACGGCCCUUCAUUGGGCAGCAGAACGGGGACACCAUGAGGUAGUGAAGUUGUUACUGCAGAAGGGAGCAAACAAAGAAAGCAAGGAUGGGAACAAACUAACGCCGUUGGAUAUAGCGGCCAGAAACGGACGUUUGCUCGCUGCUCGAGCUCUAUUAGACAGCGGCGCUGCUGUAAAUCCCAAACGCAAAAAUCAAACGCCAGCUUUGCAUUGGGCCGCCCAAAACGGCCACCUUGAUGUAGUAAGGACUUUAUUGAAUUAUGGGGCCAUGGUAGAUGCCGCCGACAACCAAGGAAAUACCGCUCUUUAUUGGGCCUCCCAUCACGGACACUCUAAUACGGUUGGGGAGUUAAUACAGAAUAGAGCUGGCGUUGCAUGCAAAAAUAAAUUAGGCAAUUUGCCAAUACAUGAAGCUGCUUCUAAAGGACACUAUGACGUUGUUGAACUUUUUUUGAGGACUAGAGGAUUAUGGCAACAAGACUCCGAAAGCGGUAAUAUUUAUUCGUGGCUGGAAGGUGUACCUAUAGAUAUUAAAGGUGAGGAGAGUAAAACUAUUUUGCACAUGGCAGCGGAAAACGAUCAUGAGCGUUUGGUGAGGUUGCUAAUAUCUAAGGGUGCAUUCAAGAAUUCUAAAGACUCCGGUGAAAGCACUCCGUUACAUUUGGCUACCAAAAAGGGCCACGAGGCAACUACACUGGUUCUACUUAACGCGGGCGUCGAUAUUCAUUGUAAAGACUCAACAGGUAAAACUGCAUUUCACUUCAGUUCAAAAAAUGGCCAAAUUGCUGUAAUGGAGAAACUGCUGGAACUAUCAGCGGACAUUGAAGCGGCAGAUUCGCAAGGUUGGACCGCUCUUCAUUUUGCAUCUUAUAGUGGCCGUAAAAUAGCCGUUGCAGCGUUAGUGAAGCACGGAGCAAAUAUCAAUGCAACUACUAAUGAAAAUUACAUCCCUCUUCACCUGGCGGUACUUGAGGGUCGCAUGAAUGUGAUAAAAACUUUAGUUGGGAAUGGGGCUAACAUUAACCUUAAGAACAAAUUUGAUCAAACUCCUUUGGAUAUGGCAGAAUCGAGAAAUGACCAACACAUCAUUAACUUUCUCAAUGCUAAUAAUACCCAACCGUUGCCAUAUACAGGCUGAUUGCCAGAAUUAUCUUAACUUUAUUUUUCACUCGACUGAAUUGGAACUGUGCGGUUGGACUUACCUGACUUUAUAGUUAUAUAGAAAGACAUUAAAUGAAAUUUGCGAUUA